AUGCAACCGCUGACCUUCAAAAAACACGCGUUGUGUGUGUUUUCACCAUAUCACUUCACUUUAGCUACUCAGUCAAGAUCUGGAGAUGACUGCGGAGUUGAUUACAGAAAAUAUUAUAUCUAUAUGUUAAAUGAUGUAGCGCAGAAAUUGAGAAGUGGUCAAGAUUGGCGGUCUAACAAAUCAGAAGUAGAUUACAUUUAUUACAAACUUGAUAGGUUGGAACAUAUGCUUUCGCUUACUGCGCAAUUGGUAAAUAUUGACGAUCGAAUAUACUGUAAUAUUUCAGCUGCGAAGUGUUUAGUAGGACAUCUACUGCAGGAUGAGAAUGAAGAAUCUGUUAUUAAUUUUAACAUGGAAACAACACUGACCGGUAAUAGAGGACGACCUAGAUACAUAAUUAGCAAAGAACAGUUGCAGUAUUUCAUGGAGUACGGGUUUAAAGGACAUGAAAUGGCUAUCAUGCUUGGAGUGAGUGAGGCGACAGUCCGAAGGCGAUUGCAAGACUUCGGUCUAUCAAGUUCUACGAAUUUCUCUUCUCUUACGGAUGAACAGCUUGAUACAAUUGUUAGUGGCAUAAAGAAAGACCUUGUGCAAAGUGGAUAUCGAAUGAUUCAAGGUAUCUUACGUGAUGGAAAGUUUAAGAAGAGUUGACAUAGAAGGAGUGAUCAUGCGGUCACUGCAGCUCCAGACCAUUCGUCGUAGAACAUACACUGUAAGUGGGCCCAAUGCACUCUGGCACCUUGACACCAAUCAUAAGCUUAUAAGGUGUAUAUAUAUAUAUAUAUAUAUAUAUAUAUAUAUAUAUAUAUAUAUAUAUAUAUAUAUAUAUAUAUAUAUAUAUAUAUAUAUAUUUAUACAGCAGUUGACUUGAUAAUUUUUCUAUAUCCACCAUAAAUAUUCUCAUGAGUAUUGGUAUACGCAGGAAUUGAAUUGGGGCAUUUAUGUUCUAACAUUUUGCCAACGAAAGAAAGACAGAAAAGAAUCGGAAUGUACAUCGAAUGUGACAUACCCAUGUGGUAACUGCAAUGUCACCAACUUAAAUUGGUAACAAAUGAUCAGAAAAAAUCACCAAACCAUACUUUUGUGAUGGAAAAAAAGUCAAAACUCAGUGACCACAGACUGACUUCGAAACCCAAUUUUACCAACCAUUUUAAAAAGUGGAGGUCCCCUCCUAUUCCCCACUCAUUACACCCCUGUAUUUUCCACUACUGUAAAUUUAAUUGCCAUAUUUUACAACAUUCACUUUUGGCAUGCCCUUACAGCUGUAUGAAUGUUACACCUGAAUAUGGGAAAAUUUGCAGUAAAAAUCACUGAAAAACUAUCAUUUCAACAUGCAUUGUAGGUAAUGAUUUAGAAAAUGAACAAUCCUACUGUAAUUGUUAUUUUUUUAAUUAGAUGGAAAAUAGUAAUAUUUGGAGGUAUAGAUGGAUAUUCACGUGCAAUAGUAUACCUUUCCUGCCAAAACAAUAACCGUGCUGAUACAGCAUUAUGUGAAUUUCAAGGUGCAGUUGAAAAAUUUGGUCUUCCAAGCCGAGUAAGAACUGAUAAGGGUGUCGAAAACGUGGACAUCGCAAGGUAUAUGCUUAGUCAUCCAGCAAGAGGAGAGGGUCGGGGGAGUCACAUCACUGGCAAGAGCGUUCACAAUCACCGCAUUGAACGAUUGUGGCGUGAUGUAUUCUAUGCUUGUUUGUUCAAGUAUUAUUGGCUUUUCAAACAUAUGGAGGACACUGGAAUUCUGGAUGUAAACAACGAUCUACAUAUAUUUUGUCUUCACUUUGUGUUUAUUCCACGAAUUAGACAACACCUUUCACAUUUUGCUAGUGGGUGGAACCACCAUGGCUUAUCUUCAGAAGGCAGAAAAACCCCUCUACAGAUGUGGAUAAGGGGCAUGUUUGAAGGAAAUGGUCACAGGGCAUCUAGAGAAUUUUGGGAAUCUGUAAGCAAAGUUUUGGUUGGUUUAUAUAUUUUCAACCUAUAGGUGUACAGUAUACAGUAUGUAUCAGGGCUGUAACAAAUUUUGCAAUUAUUAGUUUAUUUAUUCUCAUUUUUUUUUGGUGGUGUUGCAAAAAAAGAUUAUCCUGCAUGGUUCCCAAGACACUGUACAUCCAGAUUGGUUAUCAACUAUUUGAAUUUCUUUAGAUGAUCCAUAAUUAAUCCACAAUAAAGGCAAUAAUCCUUUCAUGCCCAAAUUAGAAUGGAACCAUUAUUAUUGUACUAUGUCUAAUGCCAGACAAUUAUACUUGUCUGUGGGGUUGAACCCAUAUAGAUUUUAGGGUCAAAUACUAACUGUACAAUCUCGGUUGUAAUUUAUUGAGCUGCAGUGCAAGGAUCUAUGUAUGGAUGAUAUAAUGUUGCAAUACAAUGCACUAUAUACUGUAUUGCAAUACAUUUAGUUCCUACAUAUUAUUUUAUAGGAAGACUGGACAGCAUUUGGAAUUGACUGGAAUGGUCCCACACCAUCACCACAAUGGGGUAGUUUGGGUGAUAGCAGUGCUAUUAUUGUGCCCGAACUUGUUUUGUCAUUCAGUGAAGCAACUGCAAAUGCCAAUUUGCAAAGUACUGCCAAUCCUGUUGGAGAAACCAACAAUCAUGGCAUAGACUUAUUUGUGCAAGCUAUCUCAAUUGUACAACAAUUGCAUGCAUAA